AUGGCCAACAUCCGUGAUCUCAAUCAACUCCCUCCCUAUUGGGAAGUCGUCGCCAGCAUGGAAGAACCAAGCUUUGCUCACCCCUUCUUCGCCGGUCACAACCACAACCACAUGCCACAUGGCGAACACUUUGCUGGUGCUGGAGACUUUGAUCUGCCCCAUCGCGGCCGCCAUGGCCCUCACCACCGCCGCCACCGCCGCGGAGAGCCUGUGACUGAAGACGAAGAACCUACCCAGACCGAGACUGCCGAAGAUGACGAACCCUCCUCUUCCUCCUCCGACGAGGAAAACCAUGAUGAGCCCCGGAAAUGCAAGCGUCACGGUCGCCACGGUGGUUUCCACGCCAAAGGCGGCAAGGGCCGUCAUGGACCUGGUCGCCACGGGCGCGGUCCAUGGGGAAAAUUUGACCACCCCCCUCAUCCCGGAGCAUUUGGAGCUUGGGGGGCUGAUUUUCAAGAACCCCACGCAGGAUUUGGCCCCCAUGGCGGCUUCGGCCAUGGGCCGCAUGGUCGGUUUGGACCCUACGGGGGUCGACACAUGCGCGGUGGCUUCAAGCAUGGUGGUCGCGGCGGACCGCACCGUGGCUUUGGCCCAUUUGGAUUUAAGGAGUUCGGCCAUCAUCGUCACGGUAAGCAUCACAAGCGCGGCGACUUUUUCCACCCCGAGGUGGAUGUAUUCGACACUACCGAGGCCUUUAUAGUGCAUGUUUCGCUGCCCGGGGCGAAGAAGGAGGCGGUGGAAGUAAAGUGGGACCCGAAGAAGUUCGAGCUGAAUGUCAGCGGAACGAUUGAGCGCCCUGGCGAUGAGGAAUUGCUGAAGACAUUGGCCUUGGAUGAACGUCGCGUGGGGACUCUCGAUCGCCAGGUGCGGUUGGGCAGUGUGUUCCAGCCCGUGGAGGUGCAUGUCGAAGGCAUCACGGCUGAGAUGGAAAACGGAGUGUUGAUCAUCAAGUUGCCCAAGGUGGAGACGGAUGUGGUGAUGGUGACGCGUGUGAAUGUGCAGUGA